AUGGAUUAUCCAAGAAUUCCGGACGAUUCUAGAGAUUGGCGUUCGAUUGAUAUCUUCUUGUUUACGAAUGGACAGCAAUAUUCACCUCCAAGAAAGUACCAUUUGAAAACCGAAGAGUUAAAGUUUUGGGAUGGCACCUUAAAUUUUUUAACCCGUUCACAAUUCGGAUCUUUGCAUUCUAAUAUAGAACUAUACACAUUGGAUGGUAAAAAGAUUAAUACACCUCUAGAUUUGUUAAAUGACACCGCUUACGUUGCAGUAAAUCCACCCGAUGCAUUUGUACAAUCUGGAUAUGAAAAAUAUCUUUUAAAAGCAUCAAGGUAA